AUGAUUAUUGAAGAAUUUGAAAAAGGAUUAAUCAAAUUUUAGGCAAUAAAUAGAAGAAAAAAGUGGUAGAAAAUGUGGAUAUUUUAAAGAAUUUUAUAGGUAAUAUUGUUUAGCUAGAGAAAACUGUUACUACAAAAUUAAAGAUACUCAUUUAGUGUAUUGAUAAUUUUAUCGAAAAAAAUUUACCUACAAAGAUAGAAACCCUGUAAAAAGUAAAUUUCAGUAAUUUAGAUAAUAUAGAAUAAUUUAAUUGUUCAAAUAUAUUUGACAAAAUAAAACAAUCUAAUGAAUUAGAUAUACGGGCUUUCAAAUUUUGAAUUUUUAGAGUAGAACAAAAAUUAGUAGAAUUAAUUGAUUCAUAGGAUAAUAACUAUUAAUAAUUUCUAGACCAAGAAGAUAUUUAAGAUUUUUAAUUAAAUCAGCUAACAAAAAUUAAGAAAUGAUUGGGUUUUUGAAAAGGAUUAAGGUCAAUUAAAGAUUAUAGAUCUGAAAGAAGAAGAAGUUCAAAAAGGGAUAUAAUUCUGGUGGCAAAUAUUUUUAGUUAACAACAUAAAAAUUACCAACUAAGUUAAAAAUAUGAAGAUUAAGUUUUUAACAAAUUAUAAAAAUUAAAUAAAAUUUUCUAAGAUUCUAUAACAAAUAUUAGGAGAUUUAAGACCAGUUUACAUUUCAAUUAAUGAUAUUCUAAAAUCAGAGUCUUAAACAUAUAAAUACUUUAAGAGGAACAGAGCAUACUAAUAAUAAUGA